UGAGACGCAAGGAGGAGGAGGGAGGAAGAGGAGGGAAAGCCUUCAUCGCUCUCACUUGGCCAUGACAACCUUCACGCCGGCAUCUUCAUCUCCAUCCUCAUCAUCUCUGCGAGCGGCCAAAGCCGGAUCGGAACCGGCUGGAGUUUAAAAACCUGGAUCACUGGACCAUUUUUACGCCAUUUUUACGCGCGCCGAGUCGCCUGUGAUGUGCCUCCGCACGCCAAGUUCUCUUGCCUGACUCCGGAGAUCGAACCAUGGGGCGCGGACCGACCGUGUUGGUUAUGUGCUUCAGUCCAGGAAGCCGGCUCAAGGAGAACUGGCUUCUGAAUAACUGAGGAAAAACUUCAAAGGAGCCCUCUCACCUGUCCACUUAGCACGGGGAUCUGAUAUUGCUAUCUUCGGCCGGGAGCUUAGAUCUCAUCCAUUGUCGACCUUUGAGCUGCUCGGGAAGGAGAAACACGGAUAUUUCCAUGACCAUGAUAUGCGGACGAUAAUAUCCAGCAGAUACAAUUUACAAAACUAAUCAAAUGGUUCUGACACCCUAAGGACUUCUAUCCUAUUGCCUGCUGGUGCUUUCUGUGAUCCUCCACAAUGAAUCCAAGCAGCUUCUUUUGGCAAGCGGUCCUGCUGCUGAGUACUGUCCUGGGCCAGAGUGCGGGAUUAGAGUUUACCGGCUCCGAGGGUCAGUGGGCUCGGUACCUGCGCUGGGACGCCAGCACCAGAAGCGACCUGACCUUUCAGUUCAAGACAUCCCAGUCCGAAGGCCUCGUCAUGUACUUCGACGACGGCGGAUACUGCGACUUCCUGCUCCUCACCUUGACCAGGGGGAGGAUGCAGCUUCUCUUCAGCAUCGACUGCGCCGAGACCACCAUCAUGUCCGACAAGAUGGUCAACGACAGCCGUUGGCAUUUCGCGGCCAUCAACAGGCAUAACUUGCGGACCGGCUUGGCGGUGGACGGCCUGACCAAGACGGCGGAGGUGCGUCCUCAGAGGCAGUUCAUGAAGAUCGUCAGUGACCUUUUCCUGGGGGGGCUGCCGGGGGACAUACGCACAUCCGCCAUCACGCUGCCCUCCGUCCGCGAGCUUCCGCCGUUCCAGGGGAUCAUCACGGACCUCAGCUACGGGAGUAAGCUGCCCACACUCAUCAACAGUCAGAAAGUGCGCUUGGAAAUGUUGGGCCUUUGCACCGAGAACCCGUGUGAGAACGGCGGGAUCUGCUCACUGGCAGACGGAGAAACCUAUUGUGACUGCUCCAGAACUGGAUUUGUAGGGCGACACUGCACUGAAGCAGUCCACAGAACACCAGGCUUCGCACACCUGAAGGCAGAGCAAGCUAGGGAGGAGAACGUGGCCACCUUCCGCGGCUCCGAGUACUUCUGCUACGACCUGUCGCAGAACCCCAUCCAGAGCAGCAGCGACGAGAUCACGCUCUCCUUCAAGACGUGGCAGCGCAACGGCCUGCUGCUGCACACGGGCAAGUCGGCGGACUACGUCAACCUGGCGCUCAAAGACGGCGCCGUCUCGCUCGUCAUCAACCUGGGCUCCGGGGCCUUCGAGGCCAUUGUGGAGCCCGUCAACGGGAAGUUCAACGACAACGCCUGGCACGACAUCAAAGUGACGCGCAACCUGAGACAGCAAUCAGGCAUUGGACACGCUAUGGUGACCAUAUCCGUGGAUGGGAUCCUCACCACCACGGGCUACACCCAGGAAGACUACACCAUGCUGGGCUCGGAUGACUUCUUCUAUGUGGGCGGGAGCCCCAGCACCGCGGACCUUCCUGGAUCUCCCGUCAGCAACAAUUUCAUGGGCUGCCUCAAGGAGGUGGUGUACAAAAACAACGAUAUCCGCCUGGAGCUUUCCCGCCUGGCCCGGAUCGUGGACCCGAAGAUGAAACUGCAAGGCGACGUGGUCUUUAAGUGCGAAAACGUUCCCACCUUGGACCCCAUCAACUUCGAGACCCCGGACUCCUACCUGGCUCUGCCAAAGUGGAACACCAAACGGGUGGGCUCCAUCUCCUUCGACUUCCGAACUUCGGAGCCCGACGGCUUGAUCCUUUUCACCCACGGGAAGCCGCAGGAGCGCCGCGACGCCAAGUCCCAGAAGACGAAGAAGGUGGACUUCUUUGCCGUGGAGCUUCUGGACGGAGUGCUGUACUUGGUGCUGGACAUGGGCUCUGGAACCAUCAAGGUCAAAGCCACGCAGGCGAAGGUCAACGAAGGCAGCUGGCACCAUGUGGACAUCCAGAGAGACGGCCGCUCAGGCAUCAUCUCCGUAAACAGCCGCCGGACACCUUUCACGGCCAGUGGAGAAAAUGAGAUCCUAGACCUGGAGGGGGAUCUUUAUCUCGGCGGCCUUCCCGACAACCGCGCGGGCCUGGUGCUCCCCACCGAGCUGUGGACCGCCAUGCUGAACUACGGCUACGUGGGCUGCAUCAGGGACCUCUUCAUCGACGGCCGCAGCAAGGACAUCCGGCAGAUCGCCGCGUCCCAGAACGCGACCGCUAUCAAGUCGUCUUGCGGGAAGGUGACGGGGAAACAGUGCGACAGCAAUCCCUGCAAGAACAGCGGCGUGUGCAAGGAGGGAUGGAACCGCUUCAUCUGUGACUGUGCAGGAACAGGAUUCUGGGACAGUACCUGCGACAGAGAGGCGUCCAUCCUGUCGUACGACGGCAGCAUGUACAUGAAGGUGCUGAUCCCCGACGUGGUGCACACGGAGGCCGAGGACGUGUCUCUGCGCUUCAUGUCCCAGAGGGCGUUCGGCCUGCUCAUGGCCGCCACGUCGCGCGAGUCCGCCGACACGCUGAGGCUGGAGCUGGACAGCGGCAGGGUCAAACUGACGGUCAACCUAGACUGUGUCAGGAUAAACUGUAACACCAGCAAGGGUCCUGAGGUUCUUUAUGCCGGACAAAAGCUCAACGACAAUGACUGGCACUCGGUGCGAGUGGUCCGCCGUGGUAAAAACCUCAAACUCCUUGUGGAUGACGACAUGUCGGAAGGUCAAAUGGCGGGCGACCACACCCGGUUGGAGUUCAACAACGUGGAGACGGGCAUCUUGACCGAGAGACGCUUUGUGUCGUCUGCACCCUCCUCGUUUAUUGGACAUCUUCAGAGCCUCAAGUUCAACGGCAUGCAGUACAUCGACAUGUGCAAGAACGGGGACAUCGACUUCUGCGAGCUCAACGCCCGUUUUGGCAUGCGCUUCAUCGUCGCCGACCCCGUGACCUUCAAGACCAAGGGCAGCUACCUGGGCUUGGCCACCCUGCAGGCGUACACCACGAUGCACCUCUUCUUCCAGUUUAAAACCACCUCGCCCGACGGCUUCGUCCUCUUCAACAGCGGCGACGGCAGCGACUUCAUCGCCGUGGAGCUGGUCAAAGGGUUCAUCCACUACGUGUUUGAUCUGGGGAACGGGCCGAGUCUUCUGAAGGGGAACAGCGACAACCCGCUCAACGACAACCAGUGGCACAAUGUGGUGAUCACGCGAGACGCUGCCAACACUCACACCCUCAAAGUGGACUCCAAGUCUGUCACCCAGAAUGUCAACGGGGCCAAGAACCUGGAUUUGAAAGGAGAUCUGUUCGUCGGAGGUCUGGGACCCAACAUGUACCAGAACCUGCCCAAGCUAGUGGUUUCUCGCGAAGGCUUCCAGGGAUGCUUGGCCUCGGUUGACCUCAACGGCCGUCUGCCAGACCUCAUCAGCGAUGCCCUUUUCCGCAGCGGGCAGAUCGAGCGCGGCUGCGAAGUUGGUUUCACCAAAGCCGACCUGCAAGGCCCCAGCACCACCUGCCAGGAGGACUCCUGCGCCAACAUGGGCGUGUGCAUGCAGCAGUGGGAGAACUUCACCUGCGACUGCUCCAUGACGUCCUAUUCUGGGACUCAUUGCAACGACCCUGGCACCACCUACAUCUUCGGUAAAGGAGGGGGUCUGAUCACGUACACCUGGCCCAAUAACGAAAGGCCCAGCACUCGGACCGACCGGCUGGCGGUGGGCUUCAGCACCACCAUCAAGGACGGCAUCCUGGUCCGCAUUGACAGCGCUCCGCGCCUGGGAGACUACAUCAUGCUCCACAUCGACCAAGGAAAAGUUGGUGUUACCUUCAACAUUGGGACGGUGGACAUCAGUGUCAAGGAGUUGACAACAUCCAUAAACGACGGCAAAUACCAUUUGGUUCGAUUCACCAGGAACGGAGGCAACGCCACCUUACAGGUUGACAACUGGCCGGUCAAUGAGCACUUCCCCUCAGGCAACAGCGACAUUGAGCGCUAUCAAAUGGCCAAUAAGAAAAUCCCGUUCAAAUAUACCCGGCCAGUAGAAGAUUGGCUUCAGGAGAAAGGCCGGCAGCUGACCAUCUUCAACACCCAAGCGACCAUUUCCAUCGGCGGGAACGACCGGAAGCGGCCCUACCAGGGCCAGCUCUCGGGCCUCUACUACAACGGCCUCAAGGUGCUCAACAUGGCCGCCGAAGGCCACGUCAACAUCCGGGUGAACGGCAGCGUGCGGCUGGUGGGCGACGUGCCGGCCAGCAGGGGCGCCGCACGCACCACCACCUCCGUGCCCCCGGAGAUGUCCACCACCUUCAUCGAGACCACCACCACUCUGUCCACCACCACCACUCGCAAGCAGCGCUCGCCGCCGACCGUCCAGACGACAGACGACAUCGUUUCAUCGGCCGAGUGCUCCAGCGAUGAUGAGGACCUGGAGGAGUGCGACUCGGGACAUACAGGAGGGGAGCUAAUCGUCCCCAUUUUAAUGGAGGACCCCAUAGACACCCCUUCUGUGUCCACCCGUUCUUCUUUUAUGACCCCCCCCCCCACCCUCCACCCGCUCCUCACCAUUGUCGAGACCACCAAAGAACCCUCGGCCGCGGCCACCGAGGCGGGGGUGCCUUGCUUGUUGGACCGAGGCGGCGGUGAUUGUGAUGAUGAUGAUGAUGAUGAUGAUGGCAUGAUGAUUUCGGGGUUUGGCUCUGGCGAAGCGUUCGACUCUAGCCUGCCCCCGACUGACGACGAAGAUUUUUACACGCCCUUCUCCCUGGUGACAGAUAAGAUCUUGACCACGUCUACCUAUGAAGGCGGCUACAAAGCCCUCGCGCCCAAGUGGGAGGCCAAGGACUUGAGGCCUAGCAAAGCCUCCGAGGCAGGUAGGACUACGGCCGCCUUGCCCCUGCCCGACCCCCGGGGCACGCCGGCAGCGGCGCCUCCCAAGCUGCCCGCCGGGAAAAUGAACAACCGCGAGCUAAAACCCCCGCAGCCGGACGUCGUCCUGCUCCCCCUCCCCACGUCCUUCGACCUGGACGGCACCAAGCCGCGGGGUCCUUACGUCACCUCGCCCAUGCUGCGCACGGUGCCCGCCGCCUUACCCACGGUGCCCGGCGUGGUGCGGCGUGUACCGCCGGGGGCGUCGGAGGUCAUCCGGGAGUCGAGCAGCACCACGGGCAUGGUGGUGGGCAUCGUCUCGGCCGCCGCCCUCUGCAUCCUCAUCCUCCUCUACGCCAUGUACAAGUACAGGAACAGGGACGAGGGCUCCUACCAAGUGGACGAGACGCGCAACUACAUCAGCAACUCGGCGCAGACCAACGGCGCCGUGGUGAAGGACAAGACGCCCGGCACCGCCGCCGCCACCAAAGCCGGGGGCGCCGCCGCCGCCAACAAGAGACCGAAAGACAAGGACAAGGAGUACUAUGUAUAGAAGUGGUUUCCUUUUGGACAGUACCAUAUUGGCAACUGGGACUUCAAAAAAUACGAACUCAAGAAUUUCUGAGUCGGUGGAAAUUUCCACAAACACACAAAAAAAACUAACAAAAAAAAAAACCUCGGCUUGAAAAAGCUGACUUUUGUGGAGAGACAAUGUACUGAGACUCCACGAGGACCUUUGAAGGACACUUGAGACUUUGGACUGAGUGAACCACAACCACAGUCUCUGUCUGAGAUGUGUGUGUCUGAGCUGUGUGUGUGUCUGUGUGUCUGAGGUGUGUGUGUGUGAUUGGUGGGAGUCCUGCCGACCAUCCUUGUCCGUUGUAACCUGUAAAAAAAAAAAAACAAGCGCUGUCAUGGGGACUGCAUGUGAGGCGUACGUGACGCGGUGCCGGCGUCUGUCGGGGACAGACCUGAAAGGGACGACGUUUGGAUUACACACGUUUUUUUUCCCCUCCCACUUUCUAGUGUUUGUUUAUUCAAUUGUUUUCUAAAGAUGGCGGCACACAACACUGUGACUACCCGGCGAGAGGUUUUGUGUUUCACUCCCUCCUGUCCCGACCUUCCGAUCGGAAGGAUUCGUUACGAUUGACGGGCGUUUUGACCAUCAAACGCAUCUUCUCGAUUGGCGGAGAGUGACUGAAAAGAAGUCUGCACUUUUAUCCACAAUCUUGUUUUUAAUUGUGUGAAUUCUAAUAGGGGUGUCAAACUUUGGUCCCCUAACAAUGGGAUCUGAUUCCGAUUUCUGGGGCAAUUCAACAUGAUUCUUGAUUCCAAAUGGAUUCUCGCAAUAUAUUAUUUGGUAUAAUAUUUACCCUGAUCAUUUUUCAAAACAGGUUACAGAUGCUUCAUUCAAAAAUCUUAUUUUUAUAUUGAUUCUUAUAAAACAUUUUUUUAAUCAUGAGCGCUUACUUUGGAGCAAGGUUCUCAAACUUUACACAUAACUUCAGAGUUAAGCGUAUGUGCCAGCAAAUGAAAACAUGACGUGGUGAGUUGGAAUCCACACUCACCCACACUACUAUAGGUAAUAAUAAACUACAUUAGAACAAGUGCCGCAGAGCAUGCUGGGUAACAGGAAGCACAAAGAUCAUGUUUAAAAUGUAAUUCAUUCAGAAUCAGGAUAGAUAAGAAUCACGAUUUGGGUGUGAAUCAAUUUUUUUCUGUGCACCCUUCCUGAAUAGUAAAACUGUGAAUCUUUGGACGCCACACGCUUCCAUUCAAUUUUUUGGGGGGGAAUGAUUCGAUUCGAAUGAGUCUCGAUUCAAAACUGAUACUUUUUUAAUAACAAUGGGUGCCAGAUCUAUGAUUGACUACAUUCCUCCUUAACCUACAUAAACAGCUGAUACAUUUCUAUAUUACUUAAAAGAAAACUAGUUUUGUUUACUAAAAUUCUACCCAAACAUUUAAUAAAGUCAAAUACAAAUAAGCCAACAAGAGAAGUAUCCGUUUUCUAAAGUAAAUAUGUGCAGCAGAUAUAGAUCAUCUACAUCAGGGGUCACCAACCUUUUUGAAACCAAGAGCUACUUCUUGGGUACUGAUUAAUGCGAAAGGCUACCAGUUUGAUACACACUUAAAUAAAUUGCCAGAAAUAGCCAAUUUGCUCAAAUUACCUUGUUUAAAUAAAUCUAUAUAAAUAUGUAUAUAAAAAAAUUGGUAUUUCUGUCUGUCAUUCCGUCGUACAUUUUUUUUCCUUUUAUGGAAGGUUUUAUGUAGAGAAUAAAUGAUGAUGAAAAAAACAAUUGAACGGUUUAAAAGAGGAGAAAACACGAAAAAAAUGAAAAUUUCAUUUUGAAACACAGUUUAUCUUCAAUUUCGACUCUUCAAAAUUCAAAAUUCAACCGAAAAAAAAUGAAGAGAAAAACUAGCUAAUUUAAAUCUUUUAGAACAAAUUUAAAAAAGAAUUUAUAGAACAUCAUUAGUAAAUUUCCCUGAUUAAGAUACAUUUUUGAAUUUUGAUGACAUGUUUUAAAUAGGUUAAAAUCCAAUCUGCACUUUGUUAGCAUAUAUAACAAAUUGGACCAAGCUAUAUUUUUUUAACAAAGACGAAUUGUUAUUUCUUCUAGAUUUUCCAGAACAAAUAUUUUAAAAGAAAUUCAAAAGACUUUAAAAUAAGAUUUAAAUUUGAUUCUACAGAUUUUUUAGAUUUGCCAGAAUAUUAUUUUUGAACUAUAAGCAUAAUAAGUUUGAAGAAAUAUUUCACAAAUAUUAUUUGUCGAAUGAACAGCAGCUAAAAUGAAAAAUUAAAUUAAAAUGAAUUUAUUAUUCUUUACAAUAAAAAAAUACAGUACUUGAACACUGAUUUAAAUUGUCAGGAAAGAAGAAGAAGGAAUUUAAAAGGUAAAAAGGUAUAUGUAUUUAAAAAUCCUAAAAUCAUUUUUAAGGCUGUAUUUUUUUUUUCUAAAAUUGUUUUUCUGAAAGUUAUAAGAAGCUAAGUAAAAAAAAUAAAUGAAUUUAUUUAAACAAGUGAAGACCGAGUCUUUAAAAUAUUUUCUUGGAUUUUCAAAUUCUAUUUGAGUU